UUGCCGACUGAUGACCAUUUUUAUCGUUUUCCGUCGUUUCAGGAUGACCACCAGAUCAGCCUCGAAGAGCUCUACCAGAGGUAUAACACGAAUCCGAACACGGUGAGUAGAGGUGCCAUCGGUUUGUCACUGGCCGCUGUCAUCACGAACUUGUUUCAGGGCCUGUCGAGUGUCGAGGCGAAGAUUAGACUGGAACGUGAUGGCCCUAAUGCCCUCAGCCCCCCUCCGAAGACUCCGGAAUGGAUCAAGUUCGCCAAAAACUUAUUCGGUGGCUUCGCUAUCUUGCUGUGGAUUGGCGCGUUUCUUUGUUUCAUCGCCUACGGCGUGGAUAUAUCCCUUGCUGAAGACGCACUUAAAGAUAACCUUUACCUCGGCAUCGUCUUGGCAUCGGUCGUCGUCAUUACCGGAUGCUUUCAGUAUUACCAAGAGGCGAAGAGUGAAAAGAUUAUGGAGUCAUUUAAGCACCUUGUGCCUCAGUUUGCCAGAGUUUGGCGUGACGGAAAGUUGGUCGAAAGUCCAACUGAGAACUUGGUGAUGGGAGACGUCAUUGAGGUGAAGGGCGGAGACCGUAUUCCGGCCGAUAUUCGCCUCAUCAGUUCGUUCGGCUUGAAGGUGGACAAUUCAUCUUUGACCGGCGAAUCAGAACCCCAGAGCCGUAGCACUGAAUUUACAAGUGUCAAUCCUCUGGAAACGGCCAAUUUGGCUUUCUUCUCUACGAAUGCCAUGGAAGGUAGGUGACA